GUGCGCUAUGCUCGCGUCUUUAUAUCGCUCUUCACCGUCAGUCGUGAUGUUUUAACGAGCACUUUACUUAACAGUUCGCACCCCACAUCACGCUGCAGGCGAACUCUCUCUUGAUCUCACUUUUCACUCGGGUUUCUUACCGCCACCACAAAUGUUUCUCCACGACUGAUCUAUGUAUUUAUCAAUAUUUAUUCAUCCAUCUAUCAUUCUUUGGCGAUCGAUAGCCGACGUGCAUCCAUCCAAUGGACGCUCUAUACUACACCAGCAGCAACACAACCACUGACUGGGACACCACCGACCCCUCCAAUCACUCCCUCAUCCCGGGCACGGGUGUCAGCUAUGCCGACCCCGAAAUCCUGGCGCUCCUGGCGCUGGGUUCCGUCGGCUUCAUCCUUAACAUCACCAUCAUCUCGCUGGCCAGUCGACGGCCCGCCUUCACGCAGGUGCCUGUGCGGUCGUUGGUGAUCAGUCUGGGCAGCGCCAAUCUGUACGUCAUCUUCUUCUGUAUGUUCAUCAACGCGGCCUGGCACAGUAUCGGGGGGUGGUUCGAUGGGGACUGCCGUUUCUACCGCACCGUGGAGGCCUUCAGCAUCAAUGCGGGGGCCUAUAUUGCCGUGGCGUGGGCGGUGGAUCGGUGUCGGUCGUGUGUGGUGCAGAAACCGGAGAAGAACGCGCUGGGCACACCUGUCAAGAAGCCCCGACAUCUGACGAAGCUGGUGAUUGCCGCUUGGGCGCUGGCGGUCCUCUUGGCGCUGCAGCACUUGGUGGUAGUGCCGAGUGAAGUUAGCCAGGUGGAUGUGAAUCACACGGUACCCGUGCGUGUCCCGGCUACAAUGGACUGUGUUUCGCGAGGGCAUUACUAUCCUCCAUGGAAGCAGAUUGUUGUUGAUAUGGUGUCCAUUUCCACCACGUUUUUGAUUCCAGUCUUUUUUAUUGUUUGCUGUCUUGUUGCAUUGUUGGUUCAUUACAUUCGGUUGAAGCGAAAUAAGACAGAGCGUCCGCGUACGAAAUUGGGUGUGCGACGUUUCCACAGUAGCUUCGAUGAUGAAGCCGUUCUGGACAAUAGGCACAUUGUGCGGUUGACCGUGGCACUGGCUCUGGCGUUUAUCGUAUUUUGGGGUUCAUAUUACACGGUCCUGAUCAUCAAAGUUGUUGGCUGGAUUGAUGUGAGCUUGGCUAUCACAUCCAUCUUGUAUAUGAUUGGUUUAGGAUACUCACUGGCAUCACCGAUUAUUUAUUUAUCGUUCCACUUGUGGCGCACAGCGUACUGCGGGAAGGAUGCGUAUGGAUUGGAGCGCUCCGCGUCGACCAUUCGCGAGCGCAUUGAGAUGCUGCAUAAAAAUCAGCUGAGUCGCCGUUUUGAUGAUUUGUAAUUUUUCACACCGGAUGCCGGAAACUCAUAGUUCAGGAUGACAGCACACUCACUCAGGAUGCCCUGUUCAACCCGGAUUUUUUAUCAUCGGAAAGGUUUUUAACAUUUUUAUGCGUGUUCGAGAGGAUAUGCGGAGCGGAAAAUGUUUUCAUUUUUUUUAAAAAUUUUUUUUAUUGCAUGUGGAAUUUUUCACGCUUGUGACAAAAUGUAACCUGGAAUUUUCGGCAGCUUUUCUUUUUGAAAGAGAUUGUAUUUUUUAAAACUUGGAUCUGCAACCUUGGUCUAUCUCGCCUCGAAUGUAACAGUUUUCUGUGUCAUUUGUGUUUCCUCAGCAAUGCAAAUUUGCAACCUACUCUGAUUCUGUUAAUUACGUAUUUUUAAUUGUCUUUUUCACUCAUCGGAGGUUUUUGUUCCUGACUUCUUUUAUACGUACCUCUGCUGCCUGUUUUUAAUUUGAAUGAAAUUCUGAAAAGCGGA